AUGGAGCCGGGGAGAGGUGUGGUGGCCCUCAUCCUGGUUAUCAUUCUUCUUCAAGGUACUGUGGCCCAGUCAAAACAAGAAAACCAUGCGGUAAAAGUGGAUGACAAUCGAGAAGAUGGUUCAGUACUUCUGACUUGUGCCUUUAAAAAAAAUAUUGAAUGGUAUAAAGAUGGGGAGAGAAUAAGCUCCCUAAAUACUAGUAAAAAUACAUGGCAUCUGGGACAGAGUACCAAGGACCCUCGAGGGAUAUAUUGGUGUAAAGGAUCAGAAGGCACUUCAAAACCACUCCAAGUGUAUUAUAGAAUGUGUCAGAACUGCAUUGAGCUAAAUGCAGCCACCAUAUCCGGCUUUGUCUUCGCUGAAAUCAUCAGCAUUUUCUUCCUUGCUGUUGGAGUCUACUUCAUUGCUGGACAGGAUGGAGUUCGCCAGUCAAGAGCUUCAGACAAGCAGACUUUGUUGCCCAAUGACCAGCUCUAUCAGCCCCUAAAGGAUCGGGAAGAUGACCAAUACAGCCACCUUCAAGGAAACCAACUGAGGAAGAAAUGA